AUGAAUUUUGAACACAUGGAAAAACAAUGCACAAAAAAAAGACUAAACACACAAAACGAAAAAGGAAAUAAACAACAAAACACCCCAGAACCAUCAGGAAAUAACAUUGCUACUGAAGGCGACAAAAACGUAGGCUCUCAGCCUGCGAAAGGGACACCACAAAAUAGAGAGAGAGGGAAACUCGCGCAAGCGAAAUUACUCAUUGCCAAAAUGAAGCUGGCUAUUACUAGACAGCCAAACGUAAACAAGGAGAUUAAGCAAGGGAGCCCAGAACUGGAAGAUAUAGACAGUCUCGAGUUCAUAACAGGAGAGGUUCUUCUCGAACUCAAGAAGACCACUGCGGAUAUCAAGGCCUUAUUCGGAGAAACCCUGAGGAAAGAAGUAGGAGAAACGAGCAGCAUCGCGGAACUGGUCCCUAGAGCAACGCUGGAGAAACGUGACCGCGUUUCCUGCACAUCGUUGGUAGAAGUCGAGGAGGCCCUAAAGAGGACCCUGCCAAGCUACGCGGGGAAAAUCGAAAUUAAGCUGACAAACCCCAACGCAAGAAAACAACGCCUGGCCCUUGUCAAAAUAGAAGAGGAAGCAGCUGCGAAACUUUUAAAGGCCGGCCGAGAGCUGGUCGGUUUCGUCAGCUGCAGAGUCAGGCGAAGGGCAAAAGUGAGGCGAUGCAUUAGCUGUCUCGACUAUGGUCACAAUUGUGCCUCGUGCAAGGGACCAGAUCGCAGUAAAGUUUGCUAUUAUUGUGGCAGCACGGGGCACAAGAUCAAAGAGUGCAAGAAAGCACCUAGCGGGAUCAAGGGCCUGCAAAGCUUUCCAGGAGGACCUUGCAAUAGCAAAGAAGCAGAAAAGAAAUGGAUGAGAGUCCUUCAGGGUAACCUGAAUAGGAGCAGAACGGCGCAUCACCUUUUAGCCCAGCUUUGCUCUAAGAAAAAAGCUGAUAUUUUUCUAAUCAGCGAACAGUACCAGGACAGAGCAGGAGAAGGAUGGUACGCAGACGAAUUGGGCACCGCGGCCAUCUGGAUCCAAGAUCCCCGAAUAAUACAUGUGUCGGACCAAGGAUCCGCACGCGGUUACGUUUGGGUGAGACAUAAUUCGACGACUUAUGUCAGUGUAUAUCUCACGCCGAACGACCGGAUAGACUACUUCCAGAUCAAACUGGACGAUCUGGAAGACGAGCUGCGGGAAAUUCAUGGGGAUCUCAUUGUGGCUGGAGACCUCAAUGCCAAAGCACUCGAAUGGGGGGAGGCCAGGCCGGAUUACAGAGGAAGACGUAUCAUGGAGGUGGCGUCGAGCCUGGUGCUAUCAGUACUCAACACAAGUUCGACGUCAACCUUCCGCAGGCCUGACUACAGAGAGACGAUCCCGGAUGUCUCUCUAGCCAACGAAUACCUUAUGACAAGAGUCGCAGGCUGGCAGGUGAUCGCAGAUUAUACCGGGAGCGAUCAUCAGUACAUCCUAUUCGAUGUACAUGAUAGGAGGCCAGCCGUGACAAGUGUAAAGCGAUCCCCCCGGUGGAACAUUGCAAGAAUGGUACGAGAGAGGCUGUCUUCGGUCAUAGAGGAAGGAUGGAGAUCCUAA